AUGUGCCUCCCCCCUCUCUUCCCCCCUCCUCCCCCCUCUGGGGUGAGUCAGCUGCAGUCUCGGAUCCAGGACCUGCUUUUGUUUUUGCAGGAUCAGGCACAAGCUACAGAGUCACCCCAGAGUCACCCUCAGAGUCACCCUCAGAGUCACCCUCAGAGUCACCCCCAGAGUCACCCUCAGAGUCACCCUCAGAGUCACCCCCAGAGUCACCCCAGAGUCACCCUCAGAGUCACCCUCAGAGUCACCCCCAGAGUCACCCAGUCACCCAGAGUCACCCCCAGAGUCACCCCAGAGUCACCCUCAGAGUCACCCCCAGAGUCACCCGUGAGUCACCCCAAAGUGACUCCAGAGUCACCCUCAGAGUCACCCUCAGAGUCACCCCCAGAGUCACCCUCAGAGUCACCCCCAGAGUCACCCGUGAGUCAACCCAAAGUGAUUCCAGAGUCACCCCCAACCCAGAGUCACCCCCAGAAUCACCCCAGAGUCACCCAGUCACCCAGAGUCACCCCCAGAGUCAUCACAGAGUCACCCCAGUCCCAGAGUCACCCCAGAGUCACUCCAGAGUCGCCCCAGAGUCACCCAAGAGUCACCCAGAGUCACCCCAGUCACCCCAGAGUCACCCCAGAGUCACCCCCAAGUCACCCCAGAGUCACCUCAGAGUCACCCCAGUCACCCCAGAGUCACCCCAGUGUCACCCCAGAGUCACCCCCAGUCACCACCAGAGUCACCCUUGAGUCACCCCAGUCACCCCAGAGUCACCCCAGUCACCUCAGAGUCACCCCAGAGUCACCCCUGUCACCCCAGAGUCACCCCAGUUACCCCAGAGUCAUCCCAGAGUCACCCAAGAGUUACCCCAGAGUCACCCCAGUCACCUCAGAGUCACCUCAGAGUCACCUCAGAGUCACCUCAGAGUCACCCCAGAGUCACCCCAGUCACCUCAGAGUCACCUCAGAGUCACCUCAGAGUCACCUCAGAGUCACCCCAGAGUCACCCCAGUCACCUCAGAGUCACCCCAGAGUCACCCCAGUCACCUCAGAGUCACCCCAGAGUCCUGAUGACACGUCCAGGAUCCAUCCAUGA